GAUCUUUGCAUCGUGACAAUUCUGAAUAGCAUCAUCGCGCAAACGAUCCAACAACCACGCUCAACCUCAUGAAAUCCAUCGAAACGCGACUCAGACUCUCCGGCGACGCGAUACCUCCCUUCAAUCAUCGUCCUGGCUCCUCUUCACCUUCUCCCCAGCCGUGACAUUCCCCUCGAUCGCUGGCGAGGAAUUCACUGGCCCAUGACUAAUACGGCUCUCCAUACUCCACUCGAGUGCCUAUUAUUGUUCCAAUCUCUCGUCGCAUAUGGCACAGAAGACCAAGACUUCCAACGAAUCUCCGAUCUUCUCACGAACAAUCCCAUCGUGAAAGAUGGAGAUACCUACGAUGCGCAACGUCUGACCACAGAUGCUCUACGCCAAAUCUAUAUGCAGCUUCUGCGCGACGAAUUACAGGCGGCUGAGCAGGAAGGAGAAGAUGGCACACAAUCGAAAAAGAGGAAGCUCCAGUCUCCACCACUCCCAUCGAUCAAGGACGCGCAUGAGUACCGCGAGAAGCUGCCCCAGCUUGUUGAUCGAUUAUAUGCACGGUACCGUGAUCAAAUGAUAGUAGCCAUACGUGCGGACGAGCAGAGGUAUGGAACAAUACAGCGAGAGAUUGGUGAGAUUGAACGUGGAGAAUGGGACGAGAGGAUAUUGGAAGAGGAGAAAGCGAAGACGAAGGCCAAUGGCUCCCCAUCCAACUCACGUCCACUUAUGAAUGGAAAUACCGUUCAAGCUGCACAAGAAGUUGGAUCGUCACCUGCGAAGGUUACGGACGGAACAGCUAAUCCAAUCCCUCCGCCAUCUCCACGAACAGAGACACGACCAGAAGGGCUGGCCAUCAGUGAUGUACUCAAUAAUCACCAAGAACAGCUUGCCGCUUCCACGAAUAGUGCGCCACCUCUUUCUCCCCAGAACUUCCCUCCGCCUCCCAGACCUGCGAGCAAUGGUCCGCAUGGCCCCUCACCUCUGCAAACACACCAAUCGAAUUUCAAUUGGCAGCAACCUUAUGGAUUACCACCCCAACAACAACCUCCAUACCAAGGUGCACCUUUUCCUCAAUAUGCUCAAUACCCUCAACAACUCCAACCACCAAGACCAUUCCCGAGCCCUCACGGACUGCCAUCUCCUCAUCCCCAUGUUCCAUCAUCUCCUGUCAAUGCUCAGCACCCACAGAGCGUUCUUCUACCACCUCCAAAUGGCAUUCAUCGACCACCAAGCUCACCUGGGAUGCCUCUGGAUGCUCUUGCAGAUGUAGCGGGACAACAGCAGUAUCGUGCACCUUCCGGCUCUCCGAUGAUGCAACAGCCACCAGCAGGAUAUCCCCCGCAGUUUCAGCCUCAUCCGAGACCACCUUCUGGCAAUGGAGCUCCACAGAUGCAACCUCAAUACAUGCAGCCAUAUCCUACCCAGCAGUACCAGUACCCUCAGAAUCAAAGGCCAGCAUUUGUCCCUCAACCAGCGCCUCUCAUUCCAACAGAGAAUCGACCUUAUUCUUCUCCAUACCACCCAAACCAAGGACAAAGACCUCCUCUCCAACUCGGAACACCUGGAUCUCGUUCAAGCAUUCCUCAUACACCUAUUUCGAGGCUACCUUCACUUACGACCGGCAGUGGAACUCGAUGGAUUCAGACCCCUACUGCAUCGACCCCCAGGCAAUCUGUCCACAUUGAGUCUCCGGCCAUAGAGCCAAUUAGUCCAAUACUUCGCCCAGCAAAAGUCACAUCAGCAAAGCGUGGAACCAAAAAGCAACUUUCAAAGGCAGACCCCAAAGGCAAGGCUCCUCGCCGCAGCGUCCAACGUACCAGAGCUGGAAGUACCACUUCAACUGUCAUUGCUGGUUCACAUAGGAGUCAGUCUGUUACUUCUCAUAUAGAUGAACUCUCCCCCGACAAUGACCCUCCGAAUCGCAUUGUCAAACAAGAAGUUGCUACUCCCAUAGGCGUUGAGGAUGGUGGUGACACUACUGCUGAUGAGCUGCCUCGACGUCCUUCUCGUUCUGGUCCAUCGCCUCGUCACAACACGAAGCGCAAGCGUGCGUUUAGUAUACCUAUUGAAUCCCGACCUCCGUCAGCUCCACCUUCUCAUGUUCUCUGGACACGAGCUUUUACAAAGAUUUCGGCGUCCGCGCUUGAAUCCAUUGCUGGACACAAAAAUGCCAGCACCUUCGCUGCGCCAGUUAAGGAGCGUGAUGCGCCUGGUUACAAAGCGUUUAUUCUUCGUCCUCAAGAUCUAAAAUCGAUCAAGUCAGCAAUCAAUGCAGGUGCUAAAGCAGCAGCAGCUGCUGCUCCGGUUGAUAUGAAUCCUAAUGCUUCCAGUGUUUGGCUACCUAUCUCCGAGGAUCUCAUCCCACCAAAGGGCAUCAUCAAUUACGCACAACUGGAAAAGGAAUUGAUGAGAAUGUUUGCCAAUGCAGUAAUGUUCAAUGCCGAUCCUGAUCGUGGUAUUGGCGGAAGAUGGCAGGGCAUUGGCAAGGGCAGAGGUGACAAUGUUGGCUACGAGAUCGAUGAAAAUGGCGUGGUAAAGGAUACCAAGACCAUGUUUGCUGACGUUGAAAAGAUUAUCAGCAAUCUCCGCAGUGCAGAGCGAAGGAGUGAGGAAAUCAGAGAUAGCAGCAUGGCGAGAGCUGAUGACGAUGAGGUUGAUGAACUGGCUGCGGAUGAUGAUAGCCAUGCUGGCAAUACCAGCACGGUAAAACGAAGGAGGAGGGCAUGAGCAUUCAACCUUCAAUGUAUGUAUGUACGACAGUAUCUGAAAACUUGGUGCCACUGCUCGAGGCCCAAACCCGAAC